AGUCAACUGUCACUUUCAAAUCAAAAUUGUCAAGUGUCAAACACUUGGAAACUUUUUUGGUUAUGUGGAUACAUUUUGUAAAAAUAGUGGAAAAUAUCUAAAUUCAUUAGAUAAUCAAGGAACAGAUUUUGUUACACAAAUUUUUCGAAAAUGUUCCAACUGAGCCGCAUAAUUCCAAGCACUUCAAAAUGCUGCAAUGUGUUACCUUCGUUAUUACGUUUCAAUAAUUUCGCCCUAUCGCCACCCUUCACGGAGUUGAAGAAUUCCCAGGAUGCUGAAGAUAUUUCUUUGAAGCCCAGGGGAAAAUUGAACAGUGUAAUUGGCAGUCCAAGUAAUCAUAGCGCCAUGGUUGCAGAGGUGUUUGCGUCUUUAAAUUCGGAGGAAAAUAACUUGAGAACACCCUACACAGAUGCCAGACUGGAAAAAGCAAAAAAUAUUGAUGAACUGUUAUCUGUAUCGCAGGGUAACGGGGUUUCUACGAGACAUGCUCUAAAGGUCGUAUCCAUACUGGCCGACUGGACAAAUGCUGGUAAAGUUGAAUUAGCUGACUUCGAAAGGGAUUCACGGUUUAUAAGAUUAUGUAAACUGUUAACAAAAUCAGGAGGAAGUCACAAACCCUCCAAGAUUAUUAUGUCUCGAAGUGACGACUUGACUACAGUUCUAAGUGUCACUGCUGACGAUGAAGCUGCUAAAAUGGUGGAAAAUAUAACGUUAUCACAGAUGGUCAAGGUGAUGCAAACUCUGUCGUUGAGAAAGCGAAGAUCCAUUUUAUUACUCAGAGCCUUGGCUUACAAUAUUACAGGAAGUACGGACCAGCUGAAUUUGAAGCAAUGCAGCGACUUGUUAUAUAGUAUGGCUACUUUGAAUUUUCCAGAUGAAAAUUUGUUAUCGAGAGUGGGAGGUGACAUUUGUAUAGCGCUUGAGAAGAAUAUAAAGAAAGGUUCAGUUGUAGGAUCGAUUUUAACCAGUCUGGGGCUUAUGAAGUACAAGAAUCCCGGAUUACUGGAUAGCCUCAGUGAAUGGAUGGUUAAAAAUGACAGUUCUUGCAGACCUCAAGAUAUCUUCAGUUUAUUGAUGACUCUGGCUGUGCUUAACUAUUUUCCCACGAAUUCUGAGAGGUUCUUUGAGGUACUGUUACCACAACUGACUCCUUCAGAAGCUACAUCACCUGUCGUGUGGCUAGAAAUAGUUUGGUCUCUGGUUUUACUGAAUAAGGCCUCUAAUGAACAAGUAUCCAGUGUGCUGAGUGAGGAGUUUCUCAAGAAGUUAUCAGAGGACUCAUCCAGCACUUCAAUCAAACUGAAGUUACUGAACAUUGACAGUGCCGCGCAGUAUUUACAGAAGGACUACAAAGGUCCCAGGAUAUCGGAAAAUUCUCCAAUAAGGAUAACACAAAUUUCGCACACCAAAGAGAAGUACCAAAUGGUGAAUUCUGUUUUGGACACUUUGAAGAAUUUAAUACAGUCGGAAAAACUCAUAAGGACGAAAGUUAAUACUGGGCUAGGAUUUUUCAUUGACGCUGAAUGCCUGUUAGAUAAGAAAUGUAGUCCAGUGCCGUUAGAACAAGUGAAACUCAAUAAGGAAGCAAGGAGGGUUGCAAUUUUGACGUAUGACUAUCAUGACAUGACUCGUGGCAGAGUGGAACCUACUGGAAUCAACGUUUUCGCCACUAACAUUCUACGUAGCCAAGGAUUCAGGAUAGUGACUGUUCCCUAUGUAGAAUACAGGCCCAGUGAUAAACUAGUGCAGAGAGUCCAGUAUUUAGAAUCGAAAUUGAAAGAAAUUGUGAAAUAAUGACUCGUUUGUUAUUUGUAGGAAUUCUGUUUAUUAUUAUAAUUUCGUUUGUAAUCUGCCUGUAAUUAUUUAUGAGAAAUAUUUCGUUGAUUAUAUUGAAUCUAUUGUUUAA